GCUGCGAAACGAUCAUGGGGAGUGAAUCAACAACAAAAAGAACCAGAACCCAAUCUCUCGCGUGUUAGAAAAGCAGCGCGAGCAGAAGUGGGCGUUAAGAAAACCGGAAAAAAGCAGCCAUCAAAGUUGGAUAAACAAAAGUCACCGUCGUCAGCUCAGUCAAGAACAAGUACAUCCUCAACAGGAAAAACGAGAGCUGUCAAACGAUCUCAUGCUGCAACCUAUACAUUAGACAUGUUCGAAAAUAAUGAACCGUUAGUAGCAGCACCUUCUUCUGCAAAAGUAAGCGUCUACUGUUAUUAUCUAUCCUCUACAGCUUUUUCUCUUUUCCAAGAGAACGGCACUUACGGAUGCAAUAAAUAUUCAGCAUAUGAUGAACAUUCCCAUUGCUUCUUCGGCACCAUCGGAUGUCUUCUCUUAUCAGGUUUUAUCGCCGUUUGGUGGUACUAUGUCUCAAAAAUGAUAUUGAUCAUCGUUUAAACAUGUAAAUAGUCAUCUCAAUUGACCAAGUAAUUUUUUCCUAUUUUCUGUGAUUAUUCUUGAGCAACCCAUUGCGGCAAUUUUUAAAGAAAUGUGCCAUUUAUCUUUAUUUAUUAUUUUUUUAAUGCAAAAAUCAAUUUAAAUCGACUUUUUUGGAAAAAAGUCUAUUGAAAUUCAUUUUUUAAAAAUUCUUUUAGAAACUCUUUUUAAAUUAUUUUUUAAAAAAUUUAUUUAGAUUCAUCCUGCGUAACUUUUCGUGCGAAAAAUCUAUUGAAAUUCCUUUCUCAAUGAAUCUGAUUUUCGUUUUUGCGAAAAUCUAUUUAAAUGAUUUUUAUUUUUAUUGAAGAAAAAAAUUUAAAUUUACAUUUUUACAAAAACUUAAACCAGAUUCAUUGAGAAAGAAAGAAAUUUAAAUAGAUUUUUCGCACGAAAAGUUAUGCAGAAUGACUUUAAAUGAAUUUUUUAAAAAAUAAUUUAAACAGAGUUUCUAAAAGAAUUUUUAAAAGUGAAUCUAAAUAGACAACUUUGACAGUAAAGUAUGGAAUAAAAUUGAGUUUUAUUCAAUUUCUAUAACUGGAUAAAUUACUUAAUUAAAGUAAUAUG